UUGUAACUGGUUUCAGAUAUAAAAGUUUAUAGACAACUUUCAGAUAUAAAAUUUUAUAGACAACUAAGAGUCUACAUACACUUUCAAAAGCAAAGAGUAAGAAUAAGAUCUGCACUUUAUUUAAAGAUGCAAUUUCUUUGUCUUUUCUGGAAAAGUGUGGUUUAGUCAUUUGUAAUUAAUUAAGUUCAGUUGUAAAAUAAAAAAAUGAGUAUUCUGUAACUCAGAUUCAGUGCAAUUAUGAUUUGUACCCUCCCACUAGAUCUUUAGGUGGUUAUUAAGUAAUUAUUAUUAAUGAAACCACGAGUUUUCAGUCCUUCUGCAACUAUAGUCUCUCACUAUACCUCAGUGGUACUCAGUGAAAACUUUUUAUUUGUAGUUCUUGAUACAGAGUCGCUAUCAUUAGCCUUCAGUGCUGUCAUUAUUUUCCUCUUCUCACUUAAGAAACAUUUCCAGUCCUCCUUCGGUUUCAUCGCUUUCCCCCCGGCUAUAACUCAAUUCUUCCUUCUUUUUUCAUUGGUUUCGCAUUAUCUGUUGCUACUACUGCAGUAAUCAUGGAGCAAACUCCAGUGGUAAAUGCAGCAGCUGCUAGAAAAGAGUGUCCUCAUUGCAACAAAACUUUUUGUGACCAAAAAGGAGUCAAAAGACACAUAAAAAGAGCUCAUGAAGAUGCAGCGGCGGCAAACCUUUAUCGUGGAAAUAUGAAAUGUACAGAUUGUGAUUCAUGGUAAGGGCAUGCACUGUGAUAUGGUAACACUUCUAUAUUGACAUUUAACUUUAUAUAGGUUUACUCGUAUGGCAAGUCUUAAACUUCAUAUGCAGCAAAAUCAUGAAGUGGAGUUAGAAACUAGAGAAUUACAAUUUGACAAUAUGGCUGGAUUUAUGGCAUGGAAAAAGGAAGAAGAAACAACUACAAGGUCUUACUAUGUCCUACAUAAUGGAAUAGUCAAUUCUCCAACAACUCAAUAUCAUUAUUACUACUGUAACAGAUCUGGUUUUUAUAAAGGAAAAGGGAAAGGGAUAAGGAAUUUGAAAUGCCAACAAUCUGCAAAAAUUGAUGGGACAUGCUUGUCUCACAUAGUUGCUGAUGAGUGCAUCAAGACUGGAGCAGUUACUGCAACGUAUGUGACUACUCACACAGGACACUCCAUGGAUUUAUGCCAUCUUCCAAUACCUGUCGAGAUUAAGGUACAAAUUGCCACACAGUUAAAGCAAGGAGUCUCAGUAACCCACAUUAUGGACAAUAUAAGGGAUAUGUCACUGAUGAAAAGUGUGACACGUCAACACCUGUUAGUACGUCAGGAUGUUAACAAUAUGAGACGCUCUUUGAACCUCAAAAAUGUACACAAACAUUCCAAUGAUCAUACUAGUACUUCGCUAUGGGUAUCAGAGUUGAGGUCAAGUGAAGAUUAUGAUCCAAUUUUGGCCUAUAAGCCUCAAGGAGAGUUUGUCGAAGACAUAGAUGACAUAUCUAAAGAAA